AUGCCAACACUUUUCACGGGCUUGCCUACCCAGAUACCGAAUAAUGCUAAACCUGAAAGCUCUAACUACGUACUUGUGACUGAUGACCGCCUGCCAAAUUCUUCCGGCAGUGAUGCCAGAAGCUCUUCUGAAGAUCACAAUGACACCCUUCGGGUGGGCAGAACACAGAGCACGGCAAAAGUUCUCACAUUAGCACGACAUACUGAGUCUUUGAUUCUCCGGUUGUGUCUCAAUAUCGACACCGAUUCUGCCUCAGUCUUCUUUAAGGCCAUCGAAGACAUCGUUAAUUACUAUGGGGAAAAUGCCGACAACACUGCUACUUGGGAUCAGUUACUACGUGAUUUAGGCAAUGGGAACGCGUACUACGAAGAGUAUAUGAGAAAGCAGAAGAGUGACUGGAAGCAAGAGCGUUCGAUUCAGGAACAAUACACGCGUCAAAAUAUUAUCAGAUGGGUGCAGCGCAAGAAGUAUGUGCAGAUGAAGCUUUGCAAGAAACCGAAUCAGAGGAAACCUCCCUCCAACAAGAGCUCAGCUAGUCUGAAUGAAGGGAAUGAGUAA